AUGGCGUCCAUUGUGAUUGACGCCUUGAGUCUUUCGCUAAUAACCGCUUGUACGGCACCAGCACUGCUCACGAUAACCCGUCGCUUUCGAGAACCGAAGAUCGAUUGUGCAUCCGAUUCACCAGACACACCUGAGACGCCACUCUUCGGUUUGUCGAGUUUUGAAGAUCAGGACGGAACAGCCACGCGAGAGUCACUGGAAGCAUUCUCAGCUUCGUGGCAGCGAGUCGCUAUAGUACUAUUAUCGGUCGUUGGGUUUGGAGUAUCAUUGUCACAGGCUAUCAUCUCGAUCGAAUUGGGCCAACGCCAAUAUGUUAUUCCCUUCUGGCUGCAAAUGGGAGGAUGGAUGGUACUUUGUCUACAAGCCGCGAGCUUCUUCCUCGAAUCGGCACCCGUCAAACGUUAUAUUUUCGGGAUGUACGCGUCUGCGGCUAGCUGUGUUAUGAUAAUGAUGCCAUGCGUGGAUCUCGGGCUUCUCCGGCGCUCUGGAGAAUUUGAUAAACUUGGCCGGUUGUCCACGAGUCUCAUGACGAGCCAGAUUGGCAUUGCCUGUCUACGAGGCUUCUUCUGCAUCUUGAUACCCAGACGUCCUAACGUAUAUCACCAAGGACAGGUGGUAGACCAAGAAAAGAGCGUGAGCAUCUUUGGCAGAAUAACGUUCAGCUGGGUCAACGGUCUCUUGGAAUUUGUGGCGACGAAGAAGACUUUGGAACUUGACGACCUCCCAAAAUUACCCUUAAACGCUCGCGCCCAAACUCUCCAUACACGGCUUGAAAGAAUGCGCAGCUCUCGGGAGCUGUGGAAGGCGCUCAUACUGGGACAUGUCCGGCCUCUUAUGCUACAAGGCACGCUAAGCAUAAUUCAAUGUCUGCUUGGAUUUGGACCUCAGGUAGCUCUGUUUGGGAUACUGAAGUCACUCGAGGAUCGCUAUUCUUCUCCGAGUGACGCAAACCCAACAUGGGUCUGGGUUCUUGGGCUGGGAGUAGUUCUUGUUCUGUCUUCUAGCAUUGAAUCCUGGUUAUGGUGGAUUAUUUAUUCCCAGUUAUGGAUUCCGAUUUAUGAAGGAAUCUCAGCUCUAGUGUUUGCCAAAUCAUUGAGGUGCAAGGACGUGAAGCAGCUAAGCCACUACAGUGAAGCAGACGAAAACGAUAAUGACGGCGAAGAGAUAGAAGAGUUGGAGCAACAAGGAAGCCGCCAAACUGUUAUCAAUCUGGCAACCGUGGACUCCAAGCGCAUCGCUGACUUUGUCAUGUAUAACUACCUGAUCCCGUCCUGCAUUCUUCGACUGGUCAUUGCGUCUGCCUUUCUGGUUCAGUUGAUCGGCUGGAGAAGUUUACUGGCUGGUGGUUUCGCGGCAAUUCUGGUGACACCGAUGAACACUCACUUGACCAAGAAAUAUUCGGCAGCGCAGAAAGAUUUCAUGAACGCUAGCGACAAGCGAAUGAGUGCAGUGGCGGAAGUUCUGCAUGGGAUACGACAAAUCAAGUUUUCGGCUCUGGAACAGCAAUGGCAGGAUCGAGUGUCAGAAAAACGCCGUAUCGAGCUCAAAUACCUAUGGAAGACGUCCCUAUACACCACUGGAAUGGUCUCUGUCUGGAUCAUGGGACCGCUCUUGUUGUCUGCAGUGUCGUUGACCGUGUACGCGCUGACCCAUGGCGAAUUGUCUGCGUCAGUAGCAUUUACAGCUCUUUCUGUCUUUGGAUCCUUAGAAUCUGCCUUGGCGAGCUUGCCUGAUCUAAUGUCCAAAGCAAUGGAGGCUAAAAUUAGUGCCUCUCGCAUUGACCAAUAUUUGAACUCGGCAGAAAAAGCUCCCUAUACAUCCGAUGUCGAAGAGAUAUCGUUCGAUAACGCCACGAUCGCAUGGCCGGCACAGGAUGACGAAGAUGAGCAAUCUGAUUGGGACGAUGAAGAGCGAUUUUGUCUUCGCAACCUUAACCUUCGAUUUCCGCGCAAAGGAUUGAGUGUCAUUGCUGGUAAGACUGGCUCCGGGAAGAGCUUGCUUUUGGCCUCAAUCCUAGGGGAAUGCGAUGUCUUGGGGGGAAUGGUGGCUGUUCCUCAUAGCCCCCCGUCUGCUGAACGAUUUGAUGAGAGAGCAACACGUCAUGACUGGAUUAUUGACACUGCUGUGGCUUAUGUGGCCCAGAACCCAUGGAUGGAGAAUGCAACAAUCAAGGAUAAUAUUCUUUUUGGCCUCCCUUACGAUCGCUACCGAUACCGCAAAGUCCUCCGUGCUGUUGCAUUACAAAGGGAUAUAGAUAUGCUUCCGGAUGGUGACUAUACGGAUAUUGGUGCUAAUGGAAUCAAUCUUAGCGGCGGGCAGCGGUGGCGUAUAUCAUUCGCGCGCGCUCUAUACUCGCGAGCAGGAAUCCUGAUCAUGGAUGAUAUUUUCAGCGCGCUUGAUGCUGAAACAGGACGUCACCUUUAUGAGCGUGCCCUGACAGGAGAACUUGGUCAGAAUAGGACUCGGAUUCUCGUCACUCACCAUGUGGGCCUUUGCCUGCCUCGGACAGAUUAUUGUGUUCUCCUUGCGGAUGGAAUCAUGAUCCACGCCGGUACGAAGGAGGAGUUGGCCGCAGCCCAAAAUCUGGUCGACUUUCUGGAUCAGACUGCGGAAACAACAGUGCCUGAAACCCCGACAGAAGUGCAGGGACCCAAAGUCUUUUCGAAGCGCGUGUCCACGAACUCGCGAAAAUCUACGAACUCGCGUCUCUCGACGGCUACUAGCAUUCACACCCUCAGGAAAUUCACUGAAGAUGAGAAGCGUGAGAGGGGGGCUGUUUCUACCAAGGUCUACGUUGCGUAUCUGACCAAAGGAAACUGUCUCCGUCUUUGGACAGUGGUCUUCCUGGCAUACAGCGCUUUCAUGGCUCUUCUAGUCGGUCGGUCCUGGUGGGUCAGCGUCUGGACAAGUGCGUCCACCUCGUCGUCUGAUCUCCCGCGUGUUCACGACCACACUAGUAACCAAGCUUGGACAUUCGAAGCUGACGAGGAUUUGAUGUUCUAUCUUACGGUGUAUAUUGGCUUCUCUGUCGCCGCAUGUAUAGUGGGCACAGUCCGCACCUUAGCUCUUGCCUUUGCCUCGCUCGAAUCCUCCCGCCAACUGUUUAAUGAUCUACUGUACACUGUCCUGAGGUCUCCUCUGCGAUGGCUGGAUACUGUGCCUACUGGUCGCAUUCUCAACCGAUUCACAUCUGACAUCAACAUUCUUGAUUGGAGGCUCGGAUACGACAUCGGUCAUCUUGUCUACAAAAUCUUGGAGCUGCUGUCGAAGGUUUAUCUGGUUGGCAUGCGAGAGAUCAAACGACUGGAGAGCACUUCAAAAAGCCCGGUUCUAGAGCGAUUUGGAUCUACCUUGGUCGGAUUGGGGACCAUUCGUGCAUUUAACAAGACGGAGGUAUACAUCAAAGACAUGUAUGCUCGAAUUGACCGACACGCACAAACCGCUUGGUACCUUUGGCUCCUGGAUCGCUGGCUUGGUAUUCGGAUGAGUAUUGCAGGCGCCCUUCUGUCAACGAUUACAGCGGCGCUAGUCGUGUACAUUCCCCACAUCACACCUGCUCUGGCAGGGUUUGCAAUGAGCUUCGCGCUACAGUAUAACUACGCUGUGGCCAUGGGGCUGCGCUUCUACGCGAAUGUGGAGACAGACAUGAACUCCACAGAGCGUGUGCUGGAAUACUCUGGUAUUGACAUGGAAGACCAAGGUGGUGUAGAGCCACCUGCAGCUUGGCCAACUCGUGGAAGAGUCGAAGUGGAAGAUCUGGUGGUGGGAUACGCGCCCGAGUUACCUCCAGUGCUCAGUGGACUCAACUUCAGCCUGGAGCAUAACCAACGCUUGGGAGUGGUAGGACGUACCGGGGCUGGGAAAUCUUCGCUAACCUUGGCGUUGUUCCGUUUCUUAGAGGCUCGACGUGGUCGAAUUUUUGUUGAUGGCCUGGACAUCUCUCAGAUCAAAUUGCAGGCUCUGCGGAGCCGUCUUGCUAUCAUCCCACAGGACCCCGUGCUCUUUUCGGGCACCUUGCGGUCAAACUUGGAUCCAUUCCACGAACACACUGACCUGGAGCUCUACAACGCGCUAGAGCGAGUACACCUAGUCUCCUUUGAGGAUACCCUGACUCUGGCCUCACAUUCCAGCCACGAGCCUUUCAGCGACAGCAGCACAUUGCCAUCCUCGUCUGCCUCUUCAACCACAGGCCCCCUCAAGACAGUGAAUUUCUUUGCUUCCCUGUCAUCGAUGGUCUCUGAGGGUGGCCUCAACCUUUCCCAAGGGCAGAGACAGCUUCUCUGUCUUGCUCGAGCCAUUGUCUCCCAACCAAAAAUUAUGGUCCUGGACGAGGCAACUUCCGCCGUUGAUAUGGAAACGGAGGCGUUGAUUCAACGGUCAAUCCGGGAGGAAUUUGGACGAAAUGCGACAUCUCUUCUCGUCAUCGCGCAUCGCCUCAGCACCGUUGCCGAUUUCGACAAAAUCCUGGUUCUGGACGCGGGAAAGGCAGCCGAGUUCGGUACACCGCAGGAGUUGAUGGCUAUUGAGGGGGGUGUAUUUCGAAAUCUGGUGCAGAACAGUGGGGAGAGAGCAGUACUGGAAGAGAUGAUUUGGGGAACGCAGAGAAAAGGAGUAUAAUUUGAUGGG